AUGUCAAAGUUUUCAAGAAAGACCUCAAGCUCAACCACUCCCUCUUCAGUUCUUCACCCUUCUAGUAUGACUCGUACCGAGUCUGCACUCAGGAAACUUCUAUUCCAAGCUAGACUGGAUGAAAUAUUAUCUGCAUUUGAGUUUGUUGAUCAUUUAGACAGUGUCCAAAAUCCAUUAGCAUCUUCAAUUUACAACUUCUAUGUUCUUAUCAAGACAACCGGAAGCAAUGAAUCUAAAGACAGAGAGAAUGUUGAUGGUUUUAUUGUAGGAUGCACUGAAAAGUGGUUUAGUGGUAAAGCAAAUGUAGUGGGAUAUGGUCACCUUAGAGAUGGAAACCUUCAUUUGAAUGUGUCGGCUCCACAGUAUGACUAUGCUCAUGGGAGUAUUAUUGCUGAACAUGGAUUAGGUCUUAUGAAAGCUGAAAAGAUUUACUAUAACAAGUCAACUGCAACUGAUUAUGAUCCUUAUGUUAGAAAGAUAGCAGCUAUAUGUGUUGCUAAACUUUAUGACAUUAAUGACAAGUUAGUUGAAGAUAGGGGUUUUCUGGUCUUGUUGAUGUGUAUAGUGUCAAAUAAAGUUGUUGCGAAGCUCGAUAACAAGUUCUUGUAG